UAAACCUCAUAAACCCUCCUCUACACUAGACUCUGGUGUAUAUAGACGUUAUAUUUACAUCUAUCUAUAUAUAUAUAUAUAUACAUAUAUAAAUUAGAGAGAGAGAGUGGCGAAAUUAGAGAGCGAAGAGAGUGAAAAUGGCGACCCAGUUCCCUGAUGAUUUCAAGUGUCCCAUUUCGUUAGAGAUAAUGUCGGACCCGGUUAUACUCUCGUCUGGUCACACCUUUGAUCGAUCGUCAAUCCAACGGUGGUUGGACGCCGGUCACCGGACCUGUCCAAUUACUAAACUUCCCCUCUCCGAACACCCUUCUCUCAUCCCUAAUCACGCCCUCAGGAGUCUGAUUUCAAACUAUACUCUCGUUUCUCUUCCCAAACCACAACCCCAACCAGAACCCCAAACCCUAAUCUCGACUCUGACAUACCCCUCUUCGCCAAUCGACUCCAAAAUCUGCUCGCUUGACCAGCUUACUCGUCUCUGCAAGCGUGACUCCGCUCUUCGCCGGCGGUUGACCGAAUCAGGUGCCGUGUCGGCUGUUCUCAACUGUGUUGAUUCAGAUGACCCGAUUCUACAAGAGAAAGCGCUUAGUUUCCUGUUGAAUCUGAGUUUGGAUGACGACAACAAGGUGGGCUUGGUGGCGGAAGGGGCAAUUGGCCGUAUCGUUGCCGCCUUGCACGGCGGGUCCCCUGAUUGCAGAGCGGUGGCGGCAACGAUGUUGACUAGUUUAGCAGUUGUGGAAGUGAACAAAGCCACAAUUGGGGCAUACCCAUAUGCCAUUAGAGCUCUGGUUUCACUUCUUCGGGACGGAAAUGGUCGUGAAAAGAAAGAGGCGGCGACGGCACUCUAUGCGAUAUGUUCGUUUCCGGAUAAUCGGAGACGAGCUGUGGAUUGUGGGGCAGUGCCGAUUUUGAUUGAGAUAGCUGAUAUGGGGCUAGAACGUGCCGUUGAAGUACUGGGCUUAUUGGCAAAGUGUAAGGAUGGUAGACAAGAGAUGGUGAAGUUAAAUGAUUGCAUACGAAUUUUGGUUCAUGUGUUGAAGAAUGGGAGCUCACGGGGUGUUCAGUAUGCACUGUUGACACUGAAUUCGCUUUGUUGUUACAGUGAAGCGAUGUGUUUGGAAGCUCUGCAAGAAGGGAUUUUUGAAAUUUGUUUGGGGCUGUUGGAGGAUGACAACGAAAAGAUUCGGAAAAAUGCUGCUAUUUUAUUUCAAGUUAUUCGAGGGAAGCAAUCGAUGGGCUGAUGCCUAAUCGACUUCAUUGUAGAAGAUUUUGGAUGGAGAAUGAAAUGAAAUGAAUCGGUUUUGAGGGCGGAAGUGUUGAUUAAGAUCUCUUCCAUCUUUGGAGGUGAGUUGGUUCUGUUUUUUGUUUGACAGAUUAUUAGUUUUUGUAAAAAAAAAAAAAAAAAACAAAA